GUUCGGCUGCUUUGUUAUAGAUUCCUUGUAGGUUUCCUGCAGAUUUUAGUGUUGCAAUGGAACCGAGCUGGAGUACGUUUUUGUUUCAGCAGGCCAAUGAGGCUCUGCAUCACCAGCACCAAGUAGCCGGGAAUAGCCUCUUGCCUUUGCUCAAUUCUGGAACUGAGCCACCUGAUCAAAAACCGGUGCUGCCAAUUCCCUUGGACCAGAAACCCCCUGUCAGUGCUGCAGAACUUCUUAAAGACAAUGUGGCCAGUGGGACGGGUGGAGGAGGUGGUGGGCCUCCUCUUGCCGUGGUCAAAAAGGAGCCCAAAUCAAAAACACCUUUCAUCUGUGGCUACUGCAACAAGGCUUUCCGAGACAGCUACCAUCUGCGGCGACACGAGUCUUGCCACACCGGCAUCAAGAUGGUUUCAAGACCUAAGAAAAUGCAAACAGCCCCCACCAUGGUGCCGCUCAUAUCCACUGUACCACGGGAGAAUAGCGGAAAUGCUUCGUACAUUACUACUGUAGCUGGUAUCUUGACUACAGCCACCACGUCAACAUCCACAGGUACUAGCGUCAUGACUCCAAUGCAACACCAACAGCAGCAGAGCUUCCCUAAGAAGCCUGCCAAGCCAGUGAAAAAGAAUCAUGGCUGCGACAUGUGUGGUAAAGCCUUCAGAGAUGUAUAUCACCUCAACCGCCAUAAGCUGUCACACUCUGAUGAGAAGCCAUUCGAGUGUCCCAUCUGUCAGCAGAGGUUUAAGAGGAAGGACCGCAUGACAUACCAUGUACGCUCCCAUGAUGGUGGCGUUCACAAACCUUACAUCUGUUCUGUCUGUGGGAAAGGCUUCUCCAGACCUGAUCACCUAAGCUGUCAUGUCAAGCAUGUCCACUCCUCUGAGAGGCCAUUCAAGUGCCAAGUUACGGCCUGUACCUCUGCUUUCGCUACCAAAGACCGUCUGCGCUCCCACAUGAUCAGGCAUGAAGGCAAAGUGACCUGCAGCAUCUGUGGUAAAAUGCUAAGCGCUGCCUACAUCACAAGUCACCUCAAGACACAUGGCCAGGCCAACUUCAGCAACCCAUGUAACAAUAAAGGCAUAAGUGACUGGCAGUGGAACCACUCAGGGCCACGAAAAGGUGAGUUGACAGUAGGAGAGAUUUUAAAUAACUCCUUCCAAGUCCUAAUUGACAACUCUCACAAAGAUGCCAACAACGUGCACAACUCGGCUACCACGACACCGGUCACCAACUCGGCAGCUAUCACUUCAUCUAUGAACCGCGGUAACAACGCCAGCAACCCCGUCACCAUCGCCGCUCAGAUGAACAUCGCCACCAGCACGGUCAACAUCACGUCACCAAUCAACCUGCAGCACCCCGUCACCAUCACUGGCCCCGUGAACCUGACCUCCGUCAACAUCCCGACGACGGCACACAUGAAUAUCGCCCAUCCGGUUGCUAUCACCACUCCCAUGCCCAUGAAUAUCACCGGGCCGCUCAACAUCGCCAUGAGGCCCAUGGAGAGCAUGCCUUUUCUAUCCCAAGUUCUGCCUUCCUCCCCUCCUUGGUAGAGCCGGUUUUAGCCCAUGUAACAGCAGAUAAUGUCUCAACUGCCUAAUAAUGAGCCUGUCAAAAUGCGUUGAAUUUCAAAAGGCAACAACUAAUGUAUUGCAACCACACGGUUAGUAACCAUAAUCAUUACUUGUAGGAGUCAUUGGGUUUGUAGUUGUAUGCUAUCGCGUGAUCCAAGUAUGAAAUUCGGGUCAUGUUAUGGUGGUUUUGUCUGGAGUGUCGUCCCCCCCCGCGCUCUUUUUAAAAUAAAGACCACCACAGUUGGUAGGUUAUUAAAAAGCUUGGAAGUGGUCCUGAAGUUCAGUACUGCUAACUCCAGAGUGAAGAGUAAACACAAACUCGGAUUGACUCAUUUAUGACCUGUUCACUAAAUGAAUUUCCUGAAUGGUGUCGCAGACGACAGAGUAUCUGAAAUAAAUUCUUCCAUGUGUCGAUGGGGGAAACCGGUUCCCUGAAAAAGACAAUUUUGUACCAAAGAUUUUCUUAGUGUUUGCCACUAAAAUGACAUAUUUUGAACAAUAAACAAGAAAACCUUUGCACAUUUAGACCGUUGAGGAACCAAAAGUUUGUUAAGAUGAAAUGAGUGUUGCACCCGUCCCUAAUUUGUCGACACCGUUUUACAGUGAAAGCCAACAUGGUAAAAUGUUGCCUCUCAAUCGUUACACAUCACAUCUAGUAUGUUGCAAGAAUGCUACUUAUUGCAGGAUUUUUAAAUAUGCAAUAUGUAAGUUCAUGGUAAACCACUUGCAUUAAUGUCAGUUUAUCAUGAACAGGGUUCAUUACACUUUAAAAACCAAGAGUAUUGUUUUUCCACCUUGACGUGGGUUGAAUUAUUGGGCAGUUAUUACAUUUUCAUCUGCUGAAACCACAUUUGUUUUGCUUAUUCCUUUUGUCUCUCUCAACAAAGGCGGUUUGUUUCACUACAACUGAUAGCUGACCAUUAGCUGGCUCAGUGCAGCAGUAAUGGCGGUCAACAUGAUGUAUGCUGUGAGAGGCAAACCCUCUGAGCACGAUUUCACACCUGCAGUCUGGUUUAAACAGACUCUGGCUGCUGUGAUCAUGGUACAAGACCCUUUUUGGUUUGGUCCCACACUAAUUCUGAAACAGUUUGGGGAAGGGAUGUGAUCCAACCUGGAUUCGACCCAAUUACCAUAUGUACUGAGUGUUCCUCUAUCCAGAAGUACUUUGCAUUCUGGGAGGCAGCAGGCUGUUAACAGUCAACCAGUGAAGGAAACAAGGAUUCACAUCUUAGAACAAGCUGCCUCCUAAUGGUCUUUACCUCCUGCCUCAAACAUUCUGGUUGUUUUUAGCGAUGCAUUUUGGUUUGCAUGGAUUUUUAAAAUAAAUAAAUAAACCAAACCACUUGGGAAAAUAAUCCACCUUUACAAAUAUCAGCCGACUCACCAGAACAAACCGAGACUGUAGGUGUGAAAGCGUCUCAGAGCCCCCUUUUCCCUUUAACUCUUUCAUCUCGUUUCAGCCACCGAGCUCAGCGUCAUCUUGUGAAGCGACCAGUUAAAUUAUUUCCUCACCUGGUCAUUUGACUUCAAAACAUGGGUCAUGUGUGAAAACUCAACUGUACCUGAGGCAUUGUUUAACGACUCCUUUAAAGGAAGUGUAGUGCCAGACUUGUUUUUAAAUGCUUCCCCUGAAGCAAGUUUUCUUUCGUUUCAUGUUUUUUUUUUUUUCUUUUAUAUUUUUUAUUUUAGUGGACUUAUCAGUAUUUAAUAGUUAAUGUAUUUUAAAGUUUUAAGUAUAAAAAAAAACCGAAGCUUCCAUUUCGGGGGAGGGUGAGUGGUGGUGUGGAUUUCACUGAUCGUAUAGACGCGGGUGAGAUCGAUUCGACCGUCAGUUUCUACCAUGUCUGUAUUUUCAAAUAGCUGGAAACCAGUCACUCUUCACUGCUGGAUUCUCUGUGACAUUUGUUAGGAUUUAUUUUAUGUAUUUAUAUGAGGACAUGGCAGUUGAAGGUACAGGAGGGGAAGCGUGUCCUCUAGGUUUUGCCCUUAAAAUGGCAGUAUUAUCAAAUGUCAGAUUUAAGUUUUUGAUUACUGAUUUUUGUAGAGGUCAGAAGGGUUACGCCGUGGCUCUCUAGACUACGAAAGCAGUUCCAAAGUUAGCAGUGGUGGUAUGUUUGUUCGAGGUAGAAAGUUUACUUUAGCAGGUAUAGGAUCCGUCACUGUCAGUCAAACUCAGGAAGGUUACUGAGAAUAGUCUUUUAAAACCGUGUUUAACAAUUUACACACUGACCAUUUCUUUGUAAAUAUGAAACACUAUUUUAUUGCCUUUUACCUGCGAGUGAGUGGAUCUCCACUUACCGCAGCAUAGCGAUGCAAGAGCUCUAUCCCCCCACUGAUGUGGCCGUCCAUCCUGGAGAGGACAGAGAACUGAGCAGAGACGAAUGAAAGGAUAAGGCUGGCGUCGGUUUUCUUUGAUCUACAGAAUCCAUAAACGGCUACGAACGUUAUGUUACAGGCGCUUCCAGUAUUGUAGAAGUCACAAAGUAGUCAUGUAGUUGAGCCGACUUCAUGGAGGUGAACACUCGGGUCUUUUUAGAGCUGAUAUUAGCCCUUAGCACAGGAGAGAACUUUGAAAAAGUCUCGAGUCUCAUUCACCUCACAUUGCAUCAAAGCAGGGGGGAAAACAAGUGCUGCAGAAUAAACACUGGUGUGUUCUGUGUGGUGCAGCACUGUAUCAGACGGAAGCUACACAAAGCAGACCAGGCUAAACGUGUUGGUCAGAGCUUCUUCAGGGAGACUUAUCAGUUAACAUUAAGAGGCAAAAUAAAUCCAGCCUUAUCCUUUUUCUUUUUUUAUUAAUCUCAACCUUCUCCGUAGAUCUCGCUCGCAUAGCUCAUAGUUUAUUAUUUUUGUAGUUAUUUUUUUAAUUUUUCAUCUUUAACUGGAAAAUUGAGGCUUUGAUCACAAAAGGACUUGUCACGCCAAAGCUCAGGACAACCUGAAAGAUUGCAUUUUUGUAUGUUGCCAAGCAACAGCCGCUUAGUAAAUAACAUUGCCACCACAGGUUAUAGCCCCACUCGUUAUUACCCAUCAAAUUUAACGCUUGAUGGUGGAUGGGCCUGUUGAUUUUAUUAUUAUACCAUGGCAAACUCGUAUGAUGGCGACGUCUUCCAUUGCGUCCAACAACCUCGUCAUCACCAAGACAAAUUUCGGAAGACAAAGCUGUCUCCAGUGAAGCCUCCUUAUCAGGCCUGUGAUGUUGUACUCUGUAAUUUGUCUUACUGCGGCACAAAUGGCCCUGAUAGAUCGAACCCAUAGCUUCAUCGCUGUCAGACUCGUGUUCGUAGUCCUUAUGAUGCCUUAUAAUAGUCACACGCUACAAAACGACCUGUCCGAAAGCGCCAGCUACUGCGAUGAUGUGUUAAUAGCGUCUCCCAACAGUUGUUUGGCCCGAACCAUACAGACAAAAGAAAGUGUGUUUGUCUUUUUGUGAUCUCAGCCUCGACUGUUCCUGCACCUGUGUGUCUGUGAGUGUGAGUGAGUGUGUGUGUCGGAGAGAAUUAGUUUGUAGUUGAGGCUUUUUUCAGUGCAGGAACUCUGAAGCACUUGCAGCAAACUGUAGGAUGUGCACACUACAGAAGAGUGGUACUUAACAAGGGCAUUUCAGUUUGAUGGAAUGAGACGGUGAUGGAGUUAGUUCUGCAGUUCACCUGGCCACAUCUGCUUAUUUUUCUUUUUGUUGCUUGGCCCAUGAAUUUUGCUGCAUGCAUGCCAACUCUGUCCAUCAAGGGAAAUGCUCUAAUGUGGAAUGGCAUUAUGAUCUUGGGUUCAUUUCCCAUCUUUGUUGUCUUGUUUCCUCCAAUGUUGCAUGUGAAUGACUGAGCUAGUCCAGCGUAGGUUUGAGUUCGACAACUGUUUUAGAAGGCUAGUGACUUAAUGAAGAGAAAACACUAAAAGAAAAAAAAAUUAGGGCGAAAGGAAAGCGCGUGGCAUCAUUUGUCCUUCUCCAGUGGCCGUAAAAACAAGUGUGCCUGAAAUACUUUGCAAGACUUUUCCCACACGUCAAUGCUUCCUCCUCUAGAUGUGCUGUGUGAUGGAACAGUUUUGUGAAGGAAGCCUUCAUCAGUUCAGACGGCCGAUGGCCAAACAGGUCUGGCAACCAAACUAUAUUGUGAUUAGCUUUGUGUUGUUAUUGUUGUUUUUUUUUUAAUGAUUAUGUUUCAACAUAACGGUUUUGACAUUAUGUUUUUAAUUCAAGAACAACCUUGAGACAUGAAUAGCGAUCAGUAAGUCACGGUCAUGUCAUGUUUUGUUGUGACUUUGAACCGUGGUGUUUUCAUUUUUUUAAUUUGACUCCAACCUAAUGUGAAAAACCAACCUUUUUAUUUGGCCAAAUGAUGAUUUGGAAGACGAUUUUUACUCUUUAUUUUCUGUGAAGUUAGUUUGUAUGAUGAAUUUGGCAGAUGUGAAGGCAAAUGAAUGUAUAUCUUUGUACAAACAUUUAGUUCAGAGGACAUGUUAGUUAUGACAGACAUGCAAGAAAAAUAACCUUUUAUAAAUCUUUUUGUAUUAGAACAUUAACAAUGGUAAUUUUGUAUAUACAAAGGCUAGGCUUUCUGAUUAGCAGAAAGGUAAAACAUUCCUACAUUUUUUUUAAAUGUAUGUCCAUUGAGAAUAAUUAUGUAAACAUAUGCGCAAUGUUUUAUGUGCCUUUUAUUUGGGUUUGUCUAAAUAAAAGAAAACAAUAAAACAUAA